CUAAAACUCGGUCUUUCUUCACUUGGAUCAACUAAAGAAAUUCUAUUUUCUCAAAGAUCCACAAAUUCGAUCGCAAUUCGAUUCGAUUCCUACAUACUCAAAACACCCUUUACCGGUUUCAUAAUCAAAUUCAAAAUGCCGGGUACUCAUCCUGAAAUGACAAUACCUGCAUCAGCACCAGGAGAAAGUUCAGCUCUUUCGGCCAAAACAGAUCCCAUUGAAAGUUUAAACAACACAGUUAAUCCGAUCAUCAUGACCAAUGCAAGACGUGAAAGUAUCACCAUGAAAGGUGGUAUUCAACCUAUCAGUCGAAACGAAUCAAGCAGUUCUUUUACAUCUGAUGAUAAACUUGGUCUUUCAAAACCUUUACGUCAACCAAACUUGAACAAUACAAAAGAAGAUGCCGAUUCACUUGCUCUUAAAGAAUUCGUUAAUGAUGAUCGACAUUUCAGCUUGGUUAGAAACUUUCGAUUAGCAGAUGUGAUCACCAUCAUGAAUGGCGUUUGCGGUUCACUUUCGAUCUUCUCAUCAUGUCAAUUCAUCCUAAGCCUUGAACUUCAAUACCUACAUCGAGCCUGUCUCUUUCCGAUCCUUUCACUUGGAUUUGAUUUCUUAGAUGGAAAAGUAGCUAGGUUUAGACAAGAAUCAUCUGUACUUGGUCAAGAACUCGAUUCACUUGCCGAUCUAAUUUCCUUUGGAGUGGCUCCUAGUCUUGUUGGAUAUUGUAUUGGACUUCGACAUCCUAUUGAUAUCGGUAUCUUGACUUUCUUCAUCUGUGCUGGACUCACUCGAUUAGCACGAUUUAAUUCAACAGCAGCCUUUAAGCCCGAAAAUGGUCAAACACCUAAACCAUCUGGUUUUGAAGGACUUCCUAUACCUACCAGUUUAGGCUUGAUAGCUGGCAUGUAUCAAUGUAUACGACUUGAUCAAAUCUCUUUACCUAGAGAUCCACAAGUCCUUCAACAUCUAUUGAAAUUGGAAUCUCUUGGGAUCGAUAAACUACAACUUGAAAGAUUACGAUUGAUUAAUGAAAAGGGAAAUCAGUUGUAUGGUGGGAUUGUGGAAUUCCUUGAUUCUAGAUAUGGUUUAAAGGUUCAUUGGUUAAGUAUCAUCUUUGGGACUUGGGCUUUAUUUAUGCUAUCUAAAACUUUGAAAGUGCCUAAGUUGUGAAAGCAUGAUCAUCAGUUGUUUUUUUUGUUUUUUUUUGUUUUGUGACUGUAUGAUGUGUUGAGGGAAGACAAGAGCAAGAACAAUAGGUAGGAUGUAGGUCAACUAGAUGGUCAAGAAGAAGACCGGUUGAGUAAGCGUACUUGAACAUUGUCAAAAUUGAUGAUCUUAUUCUUGGUCAUCUAAUCCAUUUUACUUUUAUCAUUGCGAGUUUUCUCAGUAUCACUAUCACUCUUGUUUGUAUGACAAUCUGUUAUAUACAAUUUUAUUUAUGAAAACAGAUUAUGAAGGCUAGCUUUUGUUGGUUUGUUAACGAUGUGGUGGUGGUUGUUUCCGUCACUUUGGGUCUUGAUUUGAUUUGAAUUCAAUUUUUUCCGGGGGGGGGGUUUAGAUUGAUUCAUAUCUGCGAGAUUUGAUUUAGGUUCUUGUUAUUCAAACAAUUAUUUAUAUUUCUUGGCUUGGCUUGAUGAUUGUUUUGAUUUGUUUUAAGAAUGAGUUUUGAUAGCAGAUUUAUAGUAGGAUUCAUUUACAAUGAACUUUGAGUUUUGCCUUGAG